CAUGAACCAAUGGGUUUGGGGAAUUCAGCUGAGUGCAGAGGGCGCGUGAGGAGCGGCCGUUAGACCCUGAGAUACUGAGAGAGAGAGACAAAUAGCAGAGGGCGAGUACACGGGGAGAGGAGAGCGGGAGUUAGCAAAACUGGAGAGAUGUUGGCAGUGGUUCGACGACUUACAGCGUUUGUGAGUUAUAUACAUCAGCGAUCAUGGCGGUGGAACAGCAGAUCUGCCACAGAGAGAGCACUCCAGUACAAAGUUGGGGAGAAAAUUCAUGGGUUCACUAUAAACCAGGUGACAGCUGUUCCUGAUCUCUUUCUAACUGCAAUUAAGCUUAGCCAUGACAGCACAGGAGCAAAGUAUCUGCAUGUCGCAAGGGAUGACCCGAACAAUCUUUUCAGCGUUCAGCUUCGCACUACACCAUUGGACAGUACUGGUGUGCCUCAUAUAUUAGAACAUGUGGUACUUUGUGGUUCUGAAAAGUAUCCGUGCAGAGACCCAUUCUUUAAAAUGUUGAAUCGAUCACUCUCAACUUUUAUGAAUGCCUUCACAGCUAGUGACUACACAAUGUACCCAUUUUCCACACAAAAUUCCAAAGAUUUUCAGAAUCUUCUCUCUGUUUACUUGGAUGCUGUCUUCUUUCCAUGUCUCAGAGAGUUGGACUUUUGCCAGGAAGGAUGGAGACUAGAGCAUGAAAACCCUCAUGAUCCAAGUUCACCUCUUGUUUUUAAAGGAGUUGUGUUCAAUGAAAUGAAGGGUGCAUUUACUGAUAAUGAGAAGCUAUAUGCUCAGCACGUACAGAAUAAAAUCCUGCCUGAUCACACUUAUUCAGUAGUGUCUGGUGGUGACCCCAUGCAUAUACCAGAGCUUACAUGGGAAGAACUGAAACACUUUCAUGCUACACAUUACCAUCCCAGCAAUGCAAGGUUCUUCACCUAUGGUGAUCUACCAUUGGAACAACAUUUAAAACAAAUCCAGGAAGAGGCACUUUGUAAAUUCAAUCGAAUUGAAACUGACACUGCAGUUCCGAUACAGCAACGUUGGAGCAAGCCGAGAGAGUGUCAUGUGACUUGUGGUCCUGAUUCAAUGGCUCCUGAUCCUACCAAACAAACCAUGUUCAGUGUCAGCUUCUUAUUGGGAGAUAUCACAGAUAGCUUUGAAGGAUUCACACUCAGUCUUCUGUCAUCCUUGCUGGUAUCUGGACCCAAUUCUCCUUUUUACAAGGCCUUGAUUGAGUUUCAGAUUGGUACUGACUUUGCCCCUGUUGUCGGGUAUGAUGGCAGUACUCGAGAGGCUUGCUUCAGUGUGGGACUACAAGGGAUUGCAGAACAAGAUAUUCAAACGGUGAAACAAAUCAUUGUCAAAAUAAUUGAUGAAACAAUCAAGAAUGGCUUUGAGGAAGAGAGAAUAGAAGCACUUCUGCAUAAGAUUGAGAUCCAGCAGAAGCACCAGUCUACUAAUUUUGGCCUUGCGUUGGCAUCGUUUAUUUCAACAACCUGGAACCAUGAUGGUGAUCCUGUGGAGGUUCUGCAGAUUAAUGAAAAAGUGACUUGGUUUAGAAAAUGUCUAAAAGAAAAUCCACAUUUUCUACAAGAAAAAGUCAAGCAGUAUUUUAAGGAGAACCAGCACCAGUUGGCGUUGUCUAUGAGUCCAGAUGAAGCUUACUUUGCAAAUCAGGCUAAAAUUGAGAAAGAAAAGUUACAACAGAAGACCAGUUCUCUUUCUGAGGAAGAAAAAUUAAACAUUGUCAAAAAAGGGCUGGAGCUGAUGACUGCUCAGAGGACACUAGAGGAUGUAUCGUGUCUCCCAGCACUAAAGGUUUCUGAUAUUCAGCCCAUGUUCACAUUUACGCCUGUGGAAAUGGAAUAUGUAGCUGGUGAGGUUCCCGUUCAGUAUUGUGCCCAACCUACAAAUGGAGUUGUUUAUUUCAGGGCUUUUACAAACCUUAACACAUUGCCUGAGGAUCUGAAACUUUACGUGCCACUUUUCUGCAAUGUGAUCACAAGGAUGGGAUGUGGAGUCCUUGAUUACAGACAGCAGGCUCAAAGGAUUGAGCUGAAGACUGGAGGCAUGUCUGCCUCGCCUCAGGUCCUCCAAGACAAUACUAAUCUUGAUAUGUAUGAACAGGGCGUGAUGUUUACAUCUCUGUGUUUGGACAGAAAUCUGUCUGAUAUGAUGCAGCUGUGGGCAGACAUUUUUAACAAUAACCAGUUUGCAUUUUGUAGCCCACGCUUUGAUGAUGAGGAGUAUUUACGAGUCUUGGUUACAAUGGCUGCUCAGGAACUAUCAAAUGGAAUUCCAGAUUCUGGACACUUGUAUGCAUCUGUUCAAGCCAGCAAAACCCUAACUCCAGCAGGAAACUUAGCAGAAAUGUUUGAUGGAAUAAGUCAGGUGAAACAUUUGAAAAGAAUCGCAGAAAUGCCUGAUAUUGUGAAAGUUCUCCGUAAACUGCCUCGAAUUAAGAUGCAUUUAUUGAGCAGCGAUAACAUGAGAUGUGCAGUGAAUGCCACUCCGCUGUUAAUUCCAGAAGUGGCAAAGGAAGUUGAAAAGUUUAUAAGAACGGUUCCUGGACUUGCGACAAAGAAAAAGGACAAGAAGCUCCUCAGGUCAAACAUUAGAGAGAGGCCACUCAAUCCCGAAGAAACUGGAGAUGAGCCAGGCUCAAAGGCAAUCAAGAACUUAGUUUUUGAUCCAAGCUUCAAAGCUUGUCAGAUGAAAACCCAUUUCCAAUUUCCCUUCCCCGUGAAUUAUGUGAGUGAGUGCAUUCGCACAGUUCCCUACGUAAAUCAGGAUUUUGCCAGUCUUCAUGUUCUUGCACGGUUACUGACGGCAAAAUUCCUGCACCGGGAAAUUCGAGAGAAGGGCGGUGCUUAUGGAGGGGGUGCUACACUGAACUACAGUGGGGUAUUUUCAUUCUAUUCUUACAGGGAUCCGAAUUCUUUGGAGACAUUGGUUGCAUUCAAAAAGAGUGUUGAUUGGGCUAAAGCUGGAAAGUUCACACAAGACGAUAUAGAUGAAGCCAAACUAUCAGUAUUUUCAAGUGUGGAUGUUCCUAUAGCCCCAUCCGACAAAGGCUUGAAUCGUUUUAUGUUUAGCAUUUCAGAUGAAAUGAAGCAGAUACAUCGGGAGCAGCUGUUUGCUGUUACUAGUAAUAACUUGAUAGAAGUAGCUAACAAGUAUUUGACAACUGGACAAAGAACUUGUGGAGUUGCAAUUUUAGGACCAGAGAAUGAAUAUAUUGCUCGAGAUCCAUCGUGGGUACAAAGAUAACUAAGAUAAAUGAAAAAUAAGACUAAGGACAAAAAGAUUUAUUCUCCGGAGGAACUACAGGACAGCAAUCAAAAGAAAAUUAUUUGUAGUCAAUUACCAGAACAUUAACAUUGAAAACCUGAAAGAGACUAGUUUAUAAUAAUAUCUUAGUGACUGUUGUCUUAAUAGUUGCUCAACUCUACUCAUGACCUGAACUGAUAAAAGAAAAUCGUUACUAACACUGGUUUCUUGGAUUGGAAGAAAACAUGUAUCAAGCUAGUACUUUAGCUAGUAUCAAUACAUGCUACUUGUGAACUGGUCAAAGCCAAUCAUGUUGAAUAGGAUAAAUCUACAAAUAUUAAGUGAAAAAUUGCUAAUUCUGUACCUGAUCUUUCAAUAAUAUGAAAUGUAGAAAACCCACAAAGGCUUGUUUCUAUUUACUUAGAAUCUUACAUUAAGGAAUUAAUAAAAACAAUGUUCUAGGUUAUGUUUGCAUUGGAUGAUUGACCAGAUUUAUAUUGUAGAAAAGUUUCUGUAUACUUAUUUUUACUGACUAUUAAAACAUGUGUCACUUGUAUGAGUAUACAAAUUAAAUCACAUCCCAUUCCUGUAUGCAGUAACAAUUUGUCAUAGUAGUGGCCCCAAUGUUGCCACAAAAUUUGGAACUUUCCAAGUUUGUACAGAACUCAACUUCUAUAGAAUAUCCAAAUUAUCAAGAAUUUAGACUGUUUUAUUUUAUUUGUGCCUCUAUACUAUUAUAACCUGGAAAUGUGCACCUCAUUGCACAGCUGUUUUGCACAGUCGCCAAUCAUGCAAAGCAUUGUUUUUUUGAUGCAUAUUUAGUUUAUAGCAAGGAUUUUACUACAAUGUUUUAGCCAAUGUCAACUAAUACUGACAAAGUUAUUCUUGGUUGGGAUGAACUAAUAAAAGUUAACGUUGGUUCCAAAUAUUCAAUGAGUUGUAUAGAAUAUUUUAUUCCAUGGUCAGAAGGGAGAUGAAGAGAAAGUUUUUACACAGAGUGAUUAUGGUCUGGGAUGCACUGCCUGAAAGGGAGUGGCAAAGAAUUCAAUAACAACUUUCAAAUGGGAAUUAGAUAGGUAUUUGAAAAGGAAAAACUCGCUGGAGUUGUAAACAAAUGUCGUCAUUGUGCAGUGUAUAUCGUCUGUACCCCUAUUUCAUGACUCCCAAGAGGUUACAUUUUAUGAGGACUUUGUUUUCUAUGUAAUCUCUUAUAUUCAGUGAUGGGCAUGUUCUAAGGAUGAUCGGCCUGGAAUAUGUUCAACAGGAGAUAAAGUAUUGCCUUGUAAAUGUGAUAAUUUAAGACAUUUAAGCCAGCCACCCAGGCAUUUCAUGUUUUUAAUUAAUUAAAGGAUUACGAAGCUUCCCCA